AUGGAUCAACAACAAAGUGUGGCCAACGAUAUAAACAAAAUUGUGAGGGGGGUUGAGUCCAUGUCAAACAAGCUCGAACAUCUGAGCAGUCGUGUACAACAUAUGGAGGAGUUGCAAAAAAUUCAAAAAAAUCAACCUGAGUUUCCUCUUAUCUCAGAUGAGGAGUCCAAAGAGAUACCUUUUGACCAAAACUUAGGUCUACCUGACUACCAAAACUUAUAUCUACCUGACUUCCCUGAGAAUUUUAAAGAUGUUAAAGUCUUUCGUAAGUGGAAAAAGAAUGUAGAUUCGUGUUUUGAGCAUCGUGAAAUCCCAUACGAAAUACAAGGACAACUUGUAGCCGAGACAUUCCCAAAGAAUUUCCCAUGGUGGGAACAAAUCCAAAAGCUAAGCCAGCGAAUCGAUAACAAUAAUCAAAUUACAUGGAAGGAGUUAAGAAGAUGUUUAUCGUUCAAUUUUUUUCUUCAGAUUGUUUGGUUUCCAACAAGGACCGAUCGUCUCCUCCUCCUAAGAAUAUAG